AUGGCCAGCGUCGGUGGAGCAACGGUCGCCGUGGCGGCGGCCGGCGGGGAUGGCGGCGUGGGGGCGACGCCGCACGUCCUCGCGGUGGAUGACAGCUCCGUCGACCGCGCCAUCAUCGCUGCCAUCCUCCGGAGCUCCCGGUUUCGUGUGACGGCGGUGGAAAGUGGGAAGAGAGCCCUGGAACUGUUAGGCACGGAGCCGAACGUGAGUAUGAUAAUCACUGAUUACUGGAUGCCAGAGAUGACGGGAUACGAGCUCCUCAAGAAGGUCAAGGAGUCAUCCGAGCUGAAGCAGAUCCCAGUGGUGAUCAUGUCCUCAGAGAACGUCUCCACCAGAAUCAGCAGAUGCCUGGAGGAAGGGGCAGAGGAUUUCCUGGUGAAGCCCGUCCGCGCGUCGGACGUGUCGCGCGUCUUCAGCCGCGUGCUGCGAUGA